AUGGACGUGCGCAGCCCACCGAAGGCGCGGGCAAGACCAAACGCAGGAAAGACAGAAGCACCACUACUGGACCCGGGACAGCCCCGAGGCCACAGUCCAGAUGAGAAGAUGGACAUAAAGUGGCGGGAACACCCGGAAGCUGUGAGGCUGAGUGGGAGCCCAUGUCGGUCCUUCAUCAUCACCUUCGAGACUCUGGCUUCCAUGAGGGAACUCGCAGGAAUCACGUGCCCUACUCCCACAUCUGUUGAACACGCCAACAUCCAGGUCAAGAGUUACAACCUGAACUCCAGGGAGCGGUAUGUUUGUAACUCGGGUUUCAAGCGCAAAGCCGGGACGUCCAGCCUGACUGAGUGCGUGUUUAACAAGACCAUGAACAUCACCCACUGGACCACUCCCAAUCUCAAGUGCAUCAGAGACCCCUCCCUGACUCACCAAAGGCCACGCCCCACAACAACGCUGGCAGGGGUGACCCCAGGGCCAGAGAGCCUCAUCCCUUCUGGAAAAGAGCCAACUUUUCCUUCCAAGUCAGAUGCCCCAGGGGCCAGCGGGCCCACUACUGAACCAGGCUCCAGGCUGACGCCAUCCAAACGUCCUUCUGCAGGAACCACAGGGGUAGUCAGGCCUGAGCCCUCCCAAGUCCCACCUCAGACAACAGCCAAGGCCCUGGAACACACCCCCUCCGUCUCGCAGGACCCGCCCGGUGCAGGUCGAUACAGGGCCAGAGCUGUGACUGCGGCCGUCUCCGUACUCGUGGCCGUGCUGGGCGCCGUGUGUGUGGGGUUGCUCCUGGUGUGUUACAGAAGGUCCAGGCAAAUUAACCAGAUACCGGGUGUUGAAAUGGAAAGCACAGAGGUCGUGCCAAUGGCCGGGGGAACCGACACGAGAGGGGAGGGCACAGAACACUGACCACACAGCCGAGGAGGUUCCAGGGGACACCGAGGCCAGCAGAGGCCACAGUGAAGGCCUGGUUCUGCUCCAGCCAAAGAGGACCGAGAGCAGACUCGGGGAGCUGGCCCCGGAGAAGAGCCUGCCAGGGUGUCCUGGCAUCACUUAGCGACAGCCCAGCCCAGGCACCACCCUCACAACUACGUCUCCGGGCUUAGGAAUGACGUCUGUCCUGCCCGGUCCUGUCCAGCCCCGGGCGUGGGGCUCGGUUCCCCAGGUCCCAGCGGUCGGCGUUCUCCCGGGAGAGAGUGAAGAAGGCCUCAGGGCUUCCAUCAGGGCUUCUAUGCAUUAAGACAUUUACUCAGGACGGAUUAUCUGCUGGACUCUCCCUCCCUCCCCUCAUCCUGACCUGCAGUUCACAAAGAAAAGAAACAGACCUGAGGCUCUAAGUGAAUUAUGACACUCCUCCUGGCUUUGAGAUGUUUACAAGGAUGACACCAGCAUUUCAGCUCCUAAAAACUCUCUCUCCAGCUGGGUGCUCCACACGCACUGAAGGGAGCAGACAGGUUCUGUGCCCAAGUGAAUCCUCCUGACUGAAGGAUGUAGGAAGAAGAAACCUGAACUUGGUGACACUUUCUGUGUCUAUGCAUUUAUAUUUAUAUCCUUGGCUUUUAUAUCUACAUAUGAUAGGAUUUGUGUUUUGAAAUUGUGCCUUGUAUAAACAAAACAAAAUGUCUAUUUUCAAUACAAAAAAA